GAUGUGAUGUGAUACGUACGUACGUACGUACGUACGUUGCAGGACGGCGUACGUUACGGUUACGAGUGGGAUGUGACAGAGGAUUGUGGACCAAUCUGACAACAAGUAACCGAUUUCCAUGCCGAUACCGGUAUCUUGACAAACUCAACAAGGAUUUUCGCGGGUUUCUGUUUCCUUCCACCAUCUACCGGCAAUAAUACGAGUACGAGCACGAACUGUACGGUACCCAUUGUCAACGAUUCGAUUCCAGACACCAACGAAUCAUUCGAAGAACAAUGGCAGCACCAACGCCAAGCAAUACUAGCGCUCGCUGCCGCCGAUUGAUCCUGGCGGUUCUGCUGCUCUCGACACCAUCGGCCGUCGAAGGAUUUCACCACCAGAGACACCAUGGAUCGAGGCGUGGACUGCCAGCAUCGGUACAAGCCGGGCCGUGCCUCGGUUCGAACCACCACCGGCGACCCCAUCCGCUCCGCCGAUCGCCGGCAGAGUUGCUACCGGGACACCAUCGAAUCCGCCGCGGCCCGUUUGGCGUCCCCGAACGGCCUCUCGCUUGCCGCUCGGGCGGCACCGCGCUGGGGAUGGUAGGGGUGCCCGCGUCGCUGGCCGCGGCCGCCACGGCAUUGUCGUCGCCCGCGGUCCAGAAGAUCCUCGAGCUSGCGUCCAUYGCCGGGAUCGGCUACGCGCUCCGGUCGAGGCUGGACCCCAAGGGCAUUACGGGCCUCCUCCUCAAUGCCCUGGUGCCGUCCAUCAUCGUGUCGUCCCUCUCGGGGCUGUCCGUCUCGGCCGAGAGCCUCGGCCGCGUGGUGGCCUCGGGGGUAGCCCUGGCGGUCGCACAGCUGGUCGGAUCGGAGCUGGCGUCGCGGUUCGUGAUCCCCCCGAAGAGGGGYGGGGACGAGUUCGAGGCCGACAUUCUACGGCGAACGGCGGCGGUGCAGCUCAGCUCGAUGGCGCCGGGCCUGUCGGUCCUCUCCUUCACGAAGGAAUUUGCAGGCCUAACGCUGGCGGGCCUGUCCACCCUGGCCGACGUCCCGUCCAAGGUGUACACCCUUGUUCUGCUGCCCUACUAUCUUAGGUUUCGCGGAAUCGUUGCCGACAGAGAAGUAGAGGAAGGAGAGACCGAGGCCGAGGCAUCGCUCGCGACCGAAAGAUCCUCCUUCCUGCAAACGAUCAAGACCUCCGCAAGCGACCCCUUCAACCUCUCCAUUUCCUGUGGAUUGAUCCUCGCCGCCCUCGGACGGCCCGUGCACACGCUGGGAUUCGUGGGAAACGCCAUCGGGAGCCUGGCCAAGAGCCAAACGGCCGUCCUCUUUCUUCUGAUUGGCCUGAAGCUCAAGUUCAGCGGCGACCGACCCAAGCUCUGCCUGCGGCUCCUUCUCGCGCGACACGGAUUCAUGAGCCUCUUUGCCUCGGUGUACCUGGCCACCUGCAUGCCGCUCUCCAGGGGCGUCUCGGACGCCACGCGCCUGGCCGCCGUCCUGAGCUCCCACGCGGCGUCCUCGAUCAUCGCGUACGGGCAGAUGAGCAAGGCCGUCUCGAGCGAGGAGAACCGCCAGAACRRGSCCGAUCGGGUGCAGGGGUACGACGUCGACCUGGCGUUCGACAUCGUCGCCCUGUCGUACCAGAUGACCAUGGUCCUGAACACCCUGGCGUGCCUCGCCGGGCGGUCCUACGUCAACAACCUGCCGGUAGUCGGGGCAACCAUGCUCGGGCUGUCGGCCGCGAUCGGGAAGAUCGGUGGAACCAAGUAAAUGCUAACUCAAAAUAAAGGCUAUCUCUGCUU